AUGAAGGGCAACAUGGGCGUCUUCAUUGCUCUGGUCGCCAGCGUUGCGACCGCGGCGCUGGCCUGCGUCUUCUUCAAGCGCUGCGUCUUCGCCAUCCUGGUCCGCCGCCCUCACCGCCGCGGCGCCUUCAUCGUCGCCCGUCACCAGCGCCCUGUCAGGAUCCCAGUCUUCAUUGCCCCCGUGAUCCCGAUGCGCGAUGAGGAGCAGGGAUACGAGCUGCAGUCGGGCGUCGGCCACCACUAG